GCGGAGGGCCGUGCGCCUGCGCGGAGCCGGCAGUCCGGCAGGGCGGCAGCAGCGGGGUGGCCGGCGGGUGCCCUGGGCACCGCGGCCCCUCCCUCCUCCGGUCCCCCGCCUCACGCAGUCCCCCACCGAGACGCGGCAGACGACCCCGGCCCUGCCCUCUUGCAGGCCUGGCCCGAGCUGCAGCCCGUGACCUGGCAAGAGGCGGUGCCGCUCCCAAGAUGUCGCAGACGGCCAUGUCCGAGACCUACGAUUUUUUGUUUAAGUUCUUGGUCAUUGGAAAUGCAGGAACUGGCAAGUCUUGCUUACUUCAUCAGUUUAUUGAAAAAAAAUUCAAAGACGACUCAAAUCAUACAAUAGGAGUGGAAUUUGGUUCAAAGAUAAUAAAUGUUGGUGGUAAAUAUGUAAAGUUACAGAUAUGGGAUACAGCAGGCCAAGAACGAUUCAGGUCUGUGACAAGAAGCUAUUACAGAGGUGCCGCAGGGGCUCUCCUCGUCUAUGACAUCACCAGCCGAGAAACCUACAAUGCGCUUACUAAUUGGUUAACAGAUGCCAGAAUGCUAGCGAGUCAGAACAUUGUGAUCAUCCUCUGUGGGAACAAGAAGGACCUGGAUGCAGAUCGUGAAGUUACUUUCUUAGAAGCCUCCAGAUUUGCUCAAGAAAAUGAGCUGAUGUUUUUGGAAACAAGUGCACUAACAGGGGAGAAUGUAGAAGAGGCCUUUGUACAAUGUGCAAGAAAAAUACUUAACAAAAUUGAAUCAGGUGAGCUGGACCCAGAAAGAAUGGGCUCAGGUAUUCAGUAUGGAGAUGCUGCCUUGAGACAGUUGCGGUCGCCACGUCGCACGCAGGCCCCAAAUGCUCAGGAGUGUGGUUGUUAGAAGCAGCACAGGAGCACACAGGUGUUCAUACAGUGGUAUUUGGGACACAAUUGUUGGAGCUUGAAGAAGAAGUUUUUUUACCACCGUCUUUUUCUACUUUAAACAGAAGUAGAUCUUUGUGCAAAAAAAAUUAUUUGGGAUGUUACACAAACUAGUAGAUGUGGCACAGCAAACCAUAUAUUAAAUCUAAGUCAGUGGACACCACCAUUAGAUGUAUCCAUGUAUGUGAAAGUUUUCUCUCCGUAUUUCCCCUUUCAUCUUCAGAUAAAUCCUGACCAUGGACUGUACAUGCGCUAGCCCAGUACAUCUCCACAGCAUGGUAUCUGAUGUAUGAUAUGGUAGAAUGUGGUACUAAAUGCAGUCUAAUAUUUUAUUUUUUUUAAUCAUAUGAACUAAAAUCUGUCAAUUGUGAGGUGUGCUUUGAUCAUCAUGUCAGUUAUAUUGCAGAGUGGAUUAUAUUUAUGACCUGAUAUUCAACUACUCUGGCAUUGACGGCCAGUGCAGUACUUAUUUAAUUCCCUUUACCACAGUCCACAAGGUGUUUACUGAUCCACACUUGAAAUACUAGAUUAGUAGUUACUCACAUACCAAAAUAAAAUCACAAAUGGAGUUUUCCAUGAACUUGAACACUGUCCACCUCUCUCUUGAUUUAAAGCAUCUUCAUCCAGGUCAGUUCAGGAAGUCUAGCCUGAGUACCUGCUCUGUUUUAGGCGCCGUGAUCAGCACUAAGGAUUCCAGUACUUUUAACCGAAUGUACUAAGCAGUGGAUUCUACUCUCAGCUCUUGGUGAAUUUGACGGACCGUGUAACCUAGGGCUGCUCAUCUGUUCCCAAUUUGCUGACCUAUCUGGUCUCCCUGCUAAAAAACACAUUGUUUGCUACUGUGCUUUUUCUGGGAUUCAGUGUUAGAGCAUCACUGCCUCUUUUUUAAGUCUCUUUUUGUUUUGUGUUCGUUUUAAGGAAACCCACUAAAUCAAGUUACUAUUAAAGGGAUACCACUCAUGAAGAAAUUUCUGUAUAGCUUUUGCUGAAUACUUAAAUGCCUUACUAAAGUUAAGUUGACAUGUUUUUAAUUCACAUAAGGUAUGUUGAAGUAUAAUAUAUAUUGUAUUACAAAGACUUGUUCUAAUAUUUUAAAAUGUCAAAGCAAAAAAUAUAUAGAACUUUUCUUUAAAGUUGAAAUGCAGUAUUAUUUAAGGCUGAAUGGUUAAAAAGCAUUCUUCACCUUCUAUGUGUUCUUUCACUGUGACUUUUUAGCUGCAGACUGGUGAAUUUUAUUACCUUUUAGUUAGAAGUUGCCUAUACUGCUUUUGUUGUUUUAUUUUAAUCAACAGAGCACAGCAGCACUACACACUCUGGGAAAUGACUUGGAUAAAAAUAUCAGAAUGUAUCUGUUUUAGAUAUUUUAACUUUGCUUUUUUUAUGCCUUCAAUAUUUUAUUUUGAAAGUCAGAAUAUGAAGCAAAUUCUCAGACUGAGCUACUUCUUGGACCUCGCUGGAAGAAUUUUUCAUUCAGUGUCUCAUGUAUGAUAAUUUUGCAGGCUGCUCAUUUUCCAACAGCUUUUUGCAUGGGAUAGAAGCAUGUCCAUUCUAACACAUCGGUUUAUUCAAAAGCAAGAAUUUUUUAAAUAAGAAAUGUUAAGUUGGUUUAUAAAUGAGCCUGUGAAUUAAACCAGAGGUACUGCAUAUCAUUCCACAUCCUUCGACCAAUAAAAGUUGCUGGAGAAUCAA